AUGUCGCCUGAUGCUGGUGACAGGGGCUGUUCCUGCCCACAGCAGCUCACCGCUGCAGCCUCUGCUGACAGGGGACGUGUGGGACAGUGGGAUGCUGAGAAGACCCCGGGCUACUGGAAUAAAGGUGCCAGGAGGAGGCUGGAGUUGGCCCUGGCCUUGCAGCCAGUAGCACAGCGGGCCAAAAACAUCAUCCUCUUCAUGGGUGACGGCAUGGGGCUGUCCACCAUGUCAGCAGCUCGGAUCUACAAGGGGCAGCUGGCCGGUGGCUCGGGCGAGGAGAGCGUCUUGGCCAUGGAGACCUUUCCCCACAUGGCCCUGGCCAAGACCUACACCAUCGACCGGCAGGUGCCCGACAGCGCUGGCACGGGCACCGCUUACCUCUGUGGGGUGAAGGCCAACGCCAAGACUCUGGGCCUGAGCGGGGCAGCCAUCUAUGGAAAAUGCCACACCACCUUUGGCAACGAGGUGGACUCCGUCUUGCACCGGGCCAGGCUGGCGGGCAAGUCUGUGGGCAUCGUGACGACCACGCGGGUGCAGCACGCGUCCCCCGGGGCAGCCUACGCGCACUCAGCCAGCCGGAGCUGGUACGCUGACGCCAACAUGCCCAAGGAGGCCCUGCAGGACGGCUGCAAGGACAUCGCCUACCAGCUGGUGCACAACACUGACAUCAAUGUGAUCCUGGGCGGCGGGAGGAUGUACAUGACCCCCAGGCAGACUCCAGACCCCGAGUACCCAGAGGACCCGGACCAAAAUGGCACCAGGAAGGACGGCCGGGACUUGAUUGCUGAGUGGCUGAGUGCCAAGCAGGGUGCCCGCUAUGUCUGGGACAAGAAGGGCCUGGAUGCUGUCAAAGAUGACUCUGUGAGCCACCUUAUGGGCCUCUUCGAGCCCAAGGACAUGAAGUAUGAGCUGAACCGCAACACAUCCACAGACCCCUCCAUCGUGGAGAUGAUGGAGAAGGCCAUCCGCAUCCUGCGCAGGAACCCCAAGGGCUUCUUCCUCUUUGUGGAAGAUGACCACAUUCCCCAUGCAGGUGGCAGAAUCGACCAUGGCCACCACAGUGGCCGAGCCAAGCAGGCGCUGAUGGAGGCUGUGAUGCUGGACCGGGCGGUGGCACGGGCAGGAGAGCUCACCUCCCCUGCUGACACCCUGACCGUGGUGACGGCCGAUCACUCCCAUGUCUUCACUUUUGGGGGCAGCACACCACGGGGCAACUCCAUCUUUGGGCUGGCCCCCAGGAAAGCCAAGGACAAGCGAGCCUACACCAGCAUCCUCUAUGGCAAUGGUCCAGGCUACAGCAUCCGUGAUGGGGCCCGUCCAGCUGCCAGCCUCCCUGCUAGGACAAGGACUACAGACAGCAGGCAGCUGUGCCCCUGGAGACAGAGACUCACAGUGGGGAAGACGUGGUGGUGCUGGCCCAGGGCCCCAUGGCCCACCUGUUCCACGGGGUGCAGGAGCAGCACUACAUCGCCCAUGCCAUGGCCUACGCUGCCUGCCUCGAGCCCUAUGCCACAGAGCCCGGGGAGGGGCUGA